CGACUACAACUGAUCAGUAAUCAGUUUAUACUCUACAGUUCUUAGUUCUGGUAGUACGUACAAUCCACGCAAUCGCAGGUACGAGUUGAACAUAACGAUUUUUUUAACUUUCGUUUAAUAAAUCGUAUUAUUUUCAAGCAGUUCGUUUCUGGUUACGACACAUAUUAAGUACUUGGUACACUGUUACAACAAUCAGUAAUUAUUUAUCCGCACGUAAAUACGUAAUCAUCGGGGAAAUGUUAAACAGGACGUCAUACUAUUACAGCUGAUUUUGAAACACCGGACGGACGUCGGCGAUUGACCGAAUACAGUGUUGAACCAAACGUUGAGAAAGGUGAACAACAAUAUUCUAUUUUUAAAUCAGAUCCACGCAUCUCUGAGAACGCGGUUAUCAACUUACUGUGUCGGUGUAAUAAUCUAUAGUACACAGACAGGAAGCACAGUGAACGAGUUAAGUAGUUAACCGUAUAUUUAUCAUAAUCCGCCACCGAAACUCCACGAUUAGCAUAGUCUAUAUUGUAUAUUAUUACAUAAUACAUUAAUAUUCAAUACUCAAUGUCUCGAUAUGAUUAAAAUUUCACCGCCAAAGGUGAAUACUCUACUUCUAUAGACCUAUACAACCUACACGAUACGAAAUAGCGAGUAUGACUGUUUGUUGAACAUAACAUUAUAAUGUUAUUUAAUAAAAUAUUUUAACCUUGGAUAGUAAGUUGUAUGUAUAAUAAAAUUAUUAGUCAUCACUUGUUGAAUUAAUAGAUAACAGAAAUAAUCUCGGACAUAUCAGCGUAAUUAAGUGAUAGUUUGAAAAAUAUAUCAAAACAUAAACAUAAUCAACUAUUAAUCCAGAAAUUAAUAACAACCAAAGAACAAAUUCAAACUUUUUUCACAAUGUUUUCAAAUUGUGUAAUUAGUAGAAAUUUUCAGCAUAGUUGUAAAUUGUUAAUUGUUGGUGGAGGUUCUGGAGGAUGUACAAUGGCAGCUAAGCUCUCAAAAUAUGAACGUGAUCUGAUCAUACUGGAGCCAAAUGAUAAACACUACUAUCAACCCAUGUUCACGUUGAUUGGUGGUGGUAUGAAAACUAUUUCUCAGUCUUGUUCUUCUACAAAAUCAGUGAUUCCAAAAAAUGUAAAUUGGAUCCAGGACAAAGUCAAAAGUUUUAAUCCACAAGGAAAUAUUGUGACGACAUCAAAUGGAGACACAAUUAAUUAUGAUUAUAUGGUGGUUUCUGUUGGAUUGCAAUAUAAUUAUGACCAAAUCAUUGGCUUAAGAGAAGCCCUUGAUAAAAAAGAUAGUGGAGUUUGUACAAACUAUUCAUCUCAAUAUGUGGAAAAAACUUAUCAAGUUUUGCAGAAUUUCAAUGGUGGAAAUGCAAUAUUUACAUUUCCUAAUACACCGAUUAAGUGUGCUGGAGCUCCUCAAAAAAUUAUGUAUAUUGCAGAAGACUAUUUAAGAAGAAAAGGUAAAAGAAACAAGGCAAAUAUUAUAUACAAAACAUCUACACCAGCAAUAUUUGGAGUUAAAAAAUAUGCACAGAAGUUACAGCAAAUAUGUAAUGCACGUAAUAUUUCUGUUGGCACGAGACAAAAUUUAAUACAAAUAGAUUCUAUCCAGAACAAAGCCACUUUUGAAUUUCUUGAUGAAGAAAAUAAAACUGAAUCACUAGAAUAUUCUAUGCUUCAUGUAACUCCACCAAUGGGUCCACCAGAUGUUCUAAUGAAAUCUAGUCUCAGCAACAGUGCUGGGUAUUUAGAUGUUGAUCCUUAUACAUUAAGGCACAAUGUUUAUGGAAAUGUAUUUGGAAUUGGAGAUUGUACGAGCUGUCCGACAUCAAAAACAGGAGCUGCAGUAGCAGCACAAAGUAUUGUUGUUCUUAAAAACAUGAUAAAUGUGAUGAAUGGUAAGAACAUAAAAGAAAAAUAUGAUGGAUACACAUCUUGUCCAUUAGUUACUGGAUAUAGCAAAUGCAUUCUAGCAGAAUUUGAUUAUGAUCUUAAACCAUUGGAAACAUUUCCAAUAAACCAAGGGAAUGAAUUACGCAUCAUGUUUUUAAUGAAAAAACAUGCACUACCAUUUAUUUACUGGAAUAUAAUGCUUAAAGGUUAUUGGAACGGCCCUAAAACUAUAAGGAAAAUCAUGCAUUUUGGUCUCGAUUAGAUUAAGUAAAAUAAUAAUUAUUAAUUUUAUAUUAUAUUAUAUUAUAUUAUUAAUUUUACUACAUCAUAAUUAUUAUGAUGUAGUAAAAUAACAAUACUUUUUAUGGGUAUAAUCAUUAUUAUGGGUAUUAAGCAUUAAAUGCUAUAUAUUGUAGUGACAACAGAAUUAUUGUUGUUUAAUAAUACCAACCAUUUUAAACACUAUAAUUAAUUUAAUUAAUACCAAUAGCUAUUAUUUUAUCAUAUUAUGUAUUAAUACUUUUGAUUUUUAAUUAUUUGUAGUUUCUACAUUUAUUGUAUGAAUUAAUGUCUUAAUAGUCUAUACUAAGUAUAAUAUUUCAAAUUAUUUGAUUCUAGAUAUUAAAAUAACAAUUGGGUAUCCGAUCUAAAAAAUAAUUAAAACUUGUAAUUUAAUAUACAAUGAGUAUUUUUACUAAUUUAAUAUUUAAGUAAUAAAAUAAAAAUGUUACCUGGGAUUUGUGUGUCAAUGAAAUGUGAUUUAUGACCAAACUCAGAAGUAUCCAGUAUUGUAUCAUUAAAAUCUGCUGAAUUAUUGUUUUUAGUUUGAGAUAUUUCAUCAUCUAUGAAAUGUUUAACAUUUUUAAUUGUUACUUACUUCAAAACUACUAUUUUAAAAUAAUAUGUAAUAUAUAUUUACUAUCGUUGUUGUAUAAAAUGUCUUCAUUAUUAGCUUCAAUUACAAGUUGAACUAAUCCAUCAACUUCAUUAGAAACGACAGCAUGGUCUUCAAUCAAAUGGCACUGAAAUUUAAAAUAUUAACCUAUGAAUUAUAUUCCGAAUGUGAAAUUAAAUUUCAUAUAUCAGUGAAAAUAAAAAAAUUGGAAAUUAAUAAAAUAAUUUAUAGUAAGAUAA